AUGGCAAGUUAUAGAAAUAAACGCAGAAAAAUUCAAGACGAACUUCAAGCUUUUUAUUCAUCUAAUGAUGAUAUAACUUAUUCUCCAUUGAAAGAAUCAAAUAAUGAACAAAAUAUUUUAUUAAAAAAUGUCUAUGCUCCAGAGCAACAACUAAGUGACAGUAGUGUUAGUGAUAGUGGUGGUCACAAUAUUACAAUUAAUUAUAGAGAAACUCAAUUGCAACCUUCUUUAGAUUUAGAAUUAAUAUGUGUUAAUAAUGAAUCAACUGUAGAAAUUAAUUGCAAUUCACCAGAACUUAUAAAAAAAAAACUUGGAAAAUGGACCACUGAUUUUAAUGUUCCUCAAAAUUCAGUUAAUGCGCUUCUUCAAAUUUUAAGAAACAAUUGUAAUUUAGAAUUUCUUCCUAAAGAUUGUAGAACAUUGUUUCAAUCUGGGUCUUCAAAAGUUGCUAAUCUAAGGAAAAUUGGAUCUGGAGUUUACUACCAUUUUGGUUUAGCUGCUGGUAUUUCAAGAUUUUCUUCAAUUAUUUCUUCUGAUGACAAAAUAAAAAUUGUUCUUGGAGUAGACGGAUUACCAAUAUCUAAAAGUAGCUCUAGUCAAUUUUGGCCAAUUUUGGCAUACAUUCAUCCUUAUAAAAAUUAUGUUUUUCCGGUGGGAAUAUAUCAUGGGAAUGAAAAACCUCAGGAUAGUAAUAUUUAUCUAAAAGAUUGGGUAUCAGAAGUUUUAGAUUUAACAACUAGUGGAAUUAUUGUCAAUAAAUUAAAAAAAUACAUAUCCAUAGAAGUGAUUUGUUGUGAUGCCCCCGCGAAGUCUUUCUUAAUGAGAGUUAAAAAGUCAUUCGGGAUUUUCAUCGUGUUCAAGAUGUAA